CAUCAAAGCAGUCGAAUAUAUUUUAAUCAUUAUUCUUCAAAUUAUCUAAUAAUUAAGUACACUUACACAAAAUGGCGACAAACGAGUAUAAACCCGGCGAUUUGCCCUAUCCAGAGCAGGAUGAGCGCAAAUUGUUUUGCAAAUUUCAUUAUAAAGGUGUCCUGAUCGUUCUCAUACCGUUAUUAUUUGCGCCCAUCCUACUAGGACCCCAGGUGUUGGUCUAUCGGUUUCUAUAUCUAACAGCAUGCAUUUAUACAUAUCUUAUAUGCAAUGUCAUGCCGCCGGGUGUAAUUGCCUUCAUCUAUAUUGUUUUCCUUCCGCUAUGCGGUAUCGCCGGAUCGAAAGCUGUCAGUAUGGCACAUUAUACAGAUUUGAUUUUCCUUACCUUUGGCAGUGUAUUCAUGGGCAUCAUGAUGGAUGUAUCCAAGCUGAGUGAUCGCCUUGCAUUAUUCACUUUGAAAAUUUGUGGCCCUAAUAUUAUAUGCCUGCAAGCUUAUUUAAUGAUUAUGACUGCAAUAUCAUCUAUAUUUGUCAAUGGCACUGUAAUGACAGCAUUUUGGAUGAAAGUGGCUCAAGCCGUGAUGUUGGUAUAUGAUGAGGCUGGCAUAGUGCGCAAGGAUUCAGACGAAGAGACCUAUGAACAUGGAGCAACGCCGUAUCCUUCGCGACAAGCUGUUGGAAUAUAUUUAACCAUUUGCUAUGCCGCCACUUUUGGUGGCAUGAUGUCACCAUUCCAGGAUCCAAAUGGUGCGGCAGUUGAAUUAUUCAAUUAUUAUAUGGGUAAAGGCACUAGUGACUCUGGAAGUUUUCCUCUUAUAUUUGUAGGACCCUUCAUAUUGGGUCUUUUGGUUCUAUUUUUGUGGAUAAAUAUCAUGUUCUUGGGCUUGGUCACUGGAAGAUUAAAGGCCAACAUUGAGAAUGGUCCGGCAAAUAAAGAGCAACUGGCUAAAAUAAUGAACGCAAAAAGAGAUGCACUUGGUCCUUGGUCAAUGCAUACCAAAUUGGCAUGCAUAUUAGUUGGAAUCACAUUUAUAUCAUUAUUUACGAGGAGGCCACUCAUCUUUCCCGGCUGGGAUGAUCUCAUUAAAAAGACCCAGUCAGGCGCUUCGGUCGCAAUCAUUGGCAUGAGCAUUCUAUUCUUUGCAUUGCCGGCAAACUAUAUGUUCUGCAAAUACUAUAUGUGUCGUCGUCCUGAGAAGGAAGGGACAGUUCCAUCUGUUUUAGGCUGGAAGCCUGUGAAUGCGAAUACUCCUUGGGGUAAUAUUUUCAUGUUGGCCUCGUCAUUUGGCUGUCUUUUUGCUGGCCAACAAUCAAAUGCCUAUGCACUGUUAAGAGACACAUUGGUCCGUAAGAGUUUGGGCAGAUGGGAUGGUUUAAUUUAUGCUUCCUUAAUCGGAACUAUUCUCACUAUUCUAUCGCCGGCUACGGGUGUGUGUAAAGUUGUUUUGCCCUAUAUGAUGGAAGUGGGUUUCAAAGGAUCCAAUGGUCCUGGUAUUGUUGGUGCACCAUUUGUCACAAUUGUACACAAUCAGUUUCUAUUGCCAACUAGUACACCGCCCAAUACAAUUGUUGCCGGUUGGGGUAAUUUGCGUGCAUUUCAAUUUCUUCUCGGUGGUUCAGUUCCUACCAUCGCAAUGCUUCUAUUUAUUCCUCUAUUUACCAAUUUUCUGGGCGAAAGUGCAUUCCCUGGUUAUAUGGACACCAAUUUCAACACCACUUUCACUUUCACAACAUUCAAGCCAGUAUAAAAACAUAAAUUCCAUAAAUUCUGAAGGUCAUAAACAAAGUAAUAUAUAUUUCAAAGCAUAUUCCAUGUGACUUCAUUUCUUAAUUAACAUCUGCGCAAGGAAAGGAUUCUCUUUUAAUUUUUUUCUUUGUAAGAGUUCAUGUUUAUUGUUAUCUAAAUAAAAAUUUAAGUUGUGAUAAAAUUA